AUGACAACAAAAUGUCUCCUCAUUUAGAAGAGCAGUCAACCGUGUUCACAGUCUGUCGCCAAUCUAAUAAUGAGCUUCGGUGCUGCUGGAGCCACCGGCUCGUCGUUACCGGCAGGACUCACUGUUGAUGAGAAGACGCCACUUCAUCUUCAUGCGCGCUACGCUGGACUGACGUUUUGCGGGUGCGCGCACGCAAUUUUUUUAUGCGAACUGGCGCACUCGUUAAAAUGUCUUAUAGGAAGUAAGACUGGUGCCAGGGACUCGUGUACCUCGCGGUGGCAUGGCGACUUCUGUGUGGGGAUUCUCGGUCUGGGUAACCUGGGCAAACAGCUGGUGCUCAGCCUCCUUAAAAAGACCCACAUCAAACCCACGCAGAUUAAGAUCUCCACCAGAACCCCAGAGUCAGCAGAGGAGUGCGUCCCGGCAGGAGUCGAGUGUUUCUUCGACAAUCGCCGGCUGGCAGCGUGGGCAGAUGUUUUGUUCCUCUGCUGUUUGCCUUCUCACCUCCACAGAGUCUGCGCCGAUCUUCGUUGUCAUCUGCCAAAGCACUGCCUCGUGUACAGUUUCGUCACAGCGGUGCCUGUCACCAGCAUAGCUGAGCAUCUUGGCCACAACUUUGUCCUGAAACCACAGUAUCAGCUGGAAGCGUGCCACGCCUCAGACCUGUGGCUGUCCUGCUCUCAUCUGACCGCGGCUUUGUCAGAUCCAUCACUGAUAGAGGCAUCCUGCCCUCUUGCUAUACAAGGUGGCAUCUCUUUAGGUCUGACCUGGGUAUGUGGAGUGUUGUACAGCCUGUUAAACAUCUGCACCUCUGCCUGCCUGGGGUCCAGUGAGGCUCUUUCUCUAAUUAACGGCAUACUCACAGAGAACGGGACGAACAAUGAGCCAUUAUUAAAUGCGCAGAGCUUCAUCGGUUCCUCUUCUGCAUCUGUUCUCGAUCCAAAUGAGUCUUUUCCCUGGAUUUCUCUCACUGAUGCCCAAACCAAAGAGACGCCGCUGCUUCGCUUUGUAACGAGCAGCAAAUCUGUGCAACAGUUCAUCUGUGCAGCGUUCAAGACAUCCCUGGAAAGAACAAUAAAAUGACAAGGUCACGUCGUCAUAGAGAGGACAUAUUACAAUCAAUAAACAUUUUCUUUUUGCAUUUUGUAAAACUUUGACAUACAUUUUGUAGUAUUUGAUUCUUUCAUCACACAAACGGUAUUAUUAUAAUAUUAAAUAGCAUUUAACGAAAUAUAUAAUAUAUCUUUAGUCUGAUUAUGAAGCAUAUUUGAAGAUAUGUCACUGUGCUUAUUUUAGCAUUUAUACCAGCAUAGUUAGUAAAGCAAAAAUACGACUGGUUUUAUAAGCCGUGUUUAUGCCUCAGAAAUGUUUUCUGCCUGUGAUUAAAAGUUAUUUUUCAUGCCACUGCAGCCUACAUUUCGUUUGCUUUUAAGCAGGUCACUGUGAAUACCAUGGGUUUGUUGUAGUUUCCCAUCAUUGUAUUGUAUUUGUACCCUAAUAUAUAUAAUUGUAUUAUUUUAUGGAUUGCAAUGCAAUGUUUAUUUAGAGUUAAAGUUGAGGGUGAGAUCACACUCUUUUUACCUUUUGUUCAUCUUUGUAGUAAGAGUAGCCAGCAGCAACAAAAGAUGAGCAUUUUAUGUAAAUGUUUACUUUAAG